AAUGCUCAUCUAAGGAACACACCGAUAAAACAUCAGCUGAUUAUCUUUCUUGGAAAGAGUCACAUGCAAGCCAUUGUGAAGUGAACCAUGUGGGUUCCUCUGAAGAAAUGGAGUCCUCAGGAGCAGUUAGCAUCUUCAGUCGUAGCAUUGAGAAGAGGAAGCUGAUAUAUUCUACCUUUGUGGGAGAUGGUGAUAGCAGCUGUUUUGGUAGAGUCAAUUCAAAAAUGAUUGAACUUUACGGAGACAAAUAUCCAGUGGUUAAGGAGGAAUGUGUUGGCCAUGUGCAGAAGAGAUUAGGGACUGCCCUCAGAAAUUACAAGAGAAAUAUAAAGAUGGCUGGCCUAAAGAUGUCGGAUGGAGGAAAGGUUGAUGGAAGGGGUCGACUCACUGACAAUUUUGUGGACAGAAUGCAAAAAUAUUAUGGAAGAGCCAUACGUGAAAAUGCAGGUGAUUUACACCAAAUGAAGAACAGUGUAUGGGCAAUCUAUCAUCACAUGAUAAAAGAUGAUUCAUGUACCCUAGAGGAGCAGCAUAAGCUAUGUCCCAAAGGUGAAGGCACCUGGUGCAAAUUUUGGAAGGCUCCAGAAGAAUAUAAAGAGGACAACCGCCUUCCUUGUGUUUUUAUUGAUGAACUGAAGCCAAUUUUCAUUAGGCUUACUAAUGAUGAUUUAUUGAAGAGGUGUUUGCAGGGACAAACCCAGAAUCGAAAUGAGAGCAUUAAUGGACAGUUAUGGUCAAGAUGCCCCAAGAGCCGUUAUUGUGGAAAGAGACGAGUUGUCAUUGCAGUUUGUGAGACUGUUGGGGUGUUUAACACAGGAGCUGCAAGUAAAGCAUCCCUUCUGGAAUCCUGUGGAAUCUCUCCUGGCAGGAAUAUGUUAAAAGCAUUGAAGAAGGAGGACCAGGAAAGAAUUGCCUCAGCUGCUCACAAGAUCAGCUCAAAAUAUCGAAAGCGGCGACAGACCAUUCGGUCUAUGAAAAAUUCAAAGGCUGACAAGUUGGCUUAUCAGGCUGGAGCAUUUGGCACAAGUUUCAAACCAGAGACAGAUGGAAGAAAGAAAAAGAAAAAUCCUCCUAAGAAAAAGAAGUCAACAGUAGCUUUGCCUGCUCCAUCUUCAUCAAGUGGACUUGACAUUGUAUUUGUUGUCCCGGAUGUGGAAUUUGUAGCUAAAGAAAGAACUGAGCAAAAGUAAUCUAUUCAAACCAGUCUGUGCCCUAUUUGGUUGAGAAAACAUUCACACAUCAAAUGUGGACAUGCUAGACCACUUGUAUCCAUUAAGACUACGCUUAGUGUUUUGUUAGAAUCAUUUUAGUGCUCUAUCAUUAUGUGUUGAACUUUGUCUUGCAUUUUCUUCAAUUAGCAUUUCUUUACACACUGAGUACUAAAACAGGCAUAGUUGGUUUGCUAUUUACCUAUAUUAUACAAAAUUUCCAGGGCUUGUUCCUGGAGUGAUGUUCUAUGCAAUGAAUUAUAAUUUUUUGAAUUUGUCGCUUUCGAUCAUUGUUGCUAUGGAAACAAAUAUGCCAAGCCUUAAAUGGCGAGGAUUUUUAAGAAACAAAAAGUUAGUAAUUCAUUGCAUAGAGCACUGUGUUUUGAUAAUUUCCAGCAAUUUUUGAGUCAAAUAGGUGAAUAUUCCUUGAGAAAUACAUGUCUUAAGGCACAACCUUCUCA